UUGUGCGAAGCGUUGCUGUAGUUGUAAAAGUACUUAGCCCCAUUUAUUAUAACCAUGUUCUUUAGUCUGUUACUCUGUGGUGUUAAUAAUGGCUGUUGACAUGUCACGUUACGUCAAAUCAAAACGUCGUAUUUGUAAAGUCAAUUAAACUAAAACAGCUGUCCUUAAUUCUCUUGUUCUUGGUAAUGUUUCUUUUCAUUAAAAGUGUUUAUUGUUUCAUUUGAGGGAUAUUGCCUUAAAAACCUUAUGUUGCCGUGUAAAUAAACCAAAGAGACACAGCAACAAGUUUGUUGUUUUCCAAAUUAAGAAUGUCGAUUCCUCCACUGGUUUGUAGUACUCCUCCACCACCCGAACAGUGUGAGGAUGACAAAGACCCUGAAGAAUUUGAUUUGCACUAUAAUUUGUCUCAAGAAGAAGAUGAAAACAAUGACUAUGAAUUUGGUAACUUUUCUACAUUUAAUAUUCAUACAUCUGAUAAUGGUAAAAAGCCUAAUAUAUUGUCACCAGAAAAUAAAGUGGAACCUUGUAGUAAUUUGAAUAGUGGUAAUGAAAAUGAUGGUAGGGAAAGUUUAAAUCACAUUCCUGAUUUGCCAUUUGAAGAUGAUAUUCAUGUUGAAGAUUUAAAUUUAGUAAUUAACCAAGAAACAAUGAAUAGCAAUACAAAAUGUAAUGAAGAAGUGUGUGAAACUGAUUCAGAUGACAAAAUUGAUAAAGACUUUCAAGAAGACAUUCCAUUUGUGUGUAAUGUGAAACCAAAUGAUAAAUUAAGUGAAUCAAAUGAAGGUAAAGAAACAGAAUCAAUAUUAGUGAGUAAAGCAGAUAAAUUCGAAUCACCCAACAAAGAGGUCACAGAAUCAUUGUCUGAUAAAAUAGAAAUUAUAAAUAAUGAAGAAGAUCAUUUGAGUAGUAGUAAUAAAAACGAUGAUGCUUCAUCUCAAGAUUUAAUGGAUGCCAAAAAAGAAAACCCUACAGAAGAAAACCAUACAGAUGAUGACUUUGACAAUUUUGAUGAAUUCAACUUCAUUCAAUCUGAUGAAAAAUCUGAGAUAGUGAUUGAUUCUAAUGACCCAUGGGCGAACAGUACUACAGAAAAUGUAGAUUUUGGAGGUUUUGCUGCAAAUUUUGAAAAUGCGAAUAGUGCAUUAUCUCAACCUUUUCAAGUGGAAGGAGAGUCUUCUAUAAUUCAUAAGGAAAGUCCAUCUCUAAAUACUAAUAAUGAUGAUGAUGAUGAUUUUGGAGACUUUGAUGAUUUUAAAUCUUCAGCUACCGCUAAUACAGAUAGUGAGGAAUCAGUAGAAAUAGUGCAGAACCCUAGAGUACCUAUCUUGAAUUUUCAAUCUAUUAGUGAGAAUCAGAUCAUUGAAAGCAUAAACAAAGUUCUAGAGACAGUAUUUCCAGAGGAAAUUUCUAAUUCUGGUGAUAAAUUGGAAAACAAACUUGAUAUUUCCUUGGGUGAAACAUGGAGUUAUUUAAAAGAGACAGACACAAGACAACCUUAUAUGGUUAACUGGAAUAACUCAUUAGCUCAAAAAACACUGUUAAGAGCUCUGUGUAUUGAUUCAAGGAAUAUUUUAUUUGGACCUAAAUGGAGUUUCAAUACACCAAAAUAUGCUGUUAACUUAAGUGCAGCUCCACUUCAGCCACAGAAACCGACAACACAAUUGAUUACACAACAAAGAGAACAGUCUUCAGAUUCAGAAAAAACAAACAACAGAUCAGCUUGGGUGGACCCAUUUGCUUCUGAUGGGCAGGAAUUCACCUAUGCCGAAGCCCUACUCCUAGAUUUAGAACACCUCAUGGCCACCCUAGACCAAAUGGCUAACAAUCAUUCCUCCCUCAAGAUUUCCGAAUUACUAUCACAUGCUUGCAAUGUGGAGAAUGAAAGCACCAUACCUGAACCUGGCCCUACUGAUUUAGAUGUGUUCGAGUCUACAAUGUCUACAAAAACAGAUAAGAUUUUUUCAAGUACAAUGAACAUACAACCAAUUCGCCAAAUUAGUUUACCUGAUACUCAUAUCUUCACACCUACUGAUUCAGAAACACCAAGAUCUAAAACAAUACAUUACAACAGUAAUCCUACUCCCAAUAUACUCAUACCACAGCCCAUUGCAUCUGCUAUGAAAAUACAAAAAGAUCAAAUUAUGCCACAGCCAGCAGAUAUUGAGCCACAGUCCAAUGAUGAGUAUUGGGAUUUCCAAGAGUUCAGAAGUAAUCCUGAUAUUAAAUCUCCUGAUUUAAGCAAGAACUUAGAAACAGAAAAUAAAGACACCCUGGUAAAUUCUAACUACACUGUUAAAACACAAGUGUUACAGCCCAUUAAAUCAGAACUCAUAAUGCCCACUUUAAAUUGGCCUGAUCCUGGUGAAGUUAAGGAGACUUUCGACGAUUUCUCAGAUUUUGUGUCCAAUUCAGUACCAAUAGAUGACAAGCAAAUGUCCUCAUCAGAGAUCCAUGACGAGACUGGUAAGAUUAAGAAAGAAAAUAAUAAUUUCACAGAUACCUCUUUGAAAACUAAUGGUAAUAUUGAAGAUGAUUUUGAUAUGUUCCAAUCUGUCUUACCUACAAAUGUAAUGAAAGUUAAUUCGGAAAAUAUCUUGUCAAAUCAAGAACCGUCCAUCUUAAAAACUGAUUUUAAAGCAGAAAUACCAAAAUUGGAACAAAAGUCUGAUAACAUAUCAACACUUAGUAUGAGACCAACAGAAAAUAAUAUACAAACAGUAGGCAAUUUUUCAAAUGCUAAACAGCCAAAUGAGCUUAACUUUAAAACACAACCUUCUGGAAUACAAGCCCCUAGCUGCAAUAUAUUACUACCUAUAACUGUAACUUCGACCACAACACAUGCAACACAACAAAACACUGGUCAAAUACUGCAGCCGUUAUCAUUAGAAAGUUAUUCCCAGAUCAAUUGGCCAAAUCCAGGUAUAGAUUUGCAGGAUUUAUCCAGAUUUAAUCCUGUCGAAAGUUUGCAAUCAUUUAAGAGUGAUGUAAGUAAUCAUAGCAAAAAUUCAUCACCAAUUCACAACCAUAAAAACGUAACUAAUAAUCAAGUCUCAGAUGAUGACAUAUGGGGAGAUUUUGUUUCUAUUAAACCCAAAUCUCAGCAAUCACUUCCCAAAAAGCAGUCUGUGUUUGCAGAUGACGAUGAAUGGACAGAUUUUGUUUCAAGCCCAAGUGUGAACACACAGAAUGGCUUAAAUACAAUUAGUUUAAAUGUAGAUACUAAUUCUAGCAUUCAAAAGUCUUCUAAUUCGACCAAAUACCCUUUAAAGAAUAAUGAUAUUCCACUUGACAUACCGACAUUGAACUACAUCACUCCCAAGACUGCCAAUCAAAAGUCAUUUAAUGAAAGACACUUUCAAAAUUUAUAACAGCACAUGCAUGAAUGUCGAUCGCUCUAUCAUAAUCUGUACUUAAUUAAAUGUAUAUAAUUGUUAUGUAAAUAGGGUGGGGGUGUUGUAAGUAUAAUUGUAAUAUUUUUUAGAUAUUUACAUGUUGUAACCUUCAACUAUUGUGAAUUUGCUGUGAAUGUUGAAUAAGAAUGAAUGUGUACAUAAAUAAAAUAAAUCUUCAUUCACACUGCUGUAGUUCGGCACUGUGGAUGAUGCUUUUAAUAUAUCAAAAUAUUAUAUUCCAUUAUAUUUGUCCACAACUUUGUUUUACUGUUAUUAGCAACGAUAUUAAAUACCCUAGAUACACCAACACGAACAAAUUUAUGCCCGAAACCUGGCCAAAAGGUACAUUGGACUAUCCACGGAGCUCCGUAAUAUGAUCGCGUAGUCUAAACAAUAUAAGCCAUUAUUAUAACACUGAAAAUCACUAAAUAAAACUAGUUUUUACGGGUUAAUGCACGAAACUUUAUUUAUUUAUUGACGUUUCGCAGCCUUUUCAGGUCUGCAUCGUCAGAAUAAUGAUUUUUUAUUUAAAAUUGUCGAGCUACCUUCGAAAGACUUAUAUUGAGCGUUCGGUUAUUUCAUUGGAAGAAUUUUAAAAUUUUAUUGUCUAUGUAUGAAUUUAUUAUUUAAUUUACUUAAUUUAUUAAGUU